AUGAACCGCGUUAGCCAGAAGGCUAGCACAGGACCACCACCACUGAGCAUGAUGUUCCCUCGCCUUACUUCUUUGUUUGGCAUCGCGGCUGUGGUAGCCAGUCUGUUGGCUGGCACCAUUUUGGCUGCUCCGUCCAAGCUUGGAAGAGCUACUUCUGGUAUUCCUACUACCAAGGGCCUCCGGUUUUCCGUCGACGGCGACACCAAGUACCUGUCCGGGUCCAACUCGUACUGGAUCGGUUUCCUGUCGAACACGUUCGACGUCGACUUGGUCCUGGAUCAUGUUUCCUCGUCAGGCCUCAAAGUCCUGCGCAUUUGGGGCUUCAACGACGUCACCACCAAGCCCUCGGACGGCACCGUGUACUUUCAGUACCUGUCGUCCUCUGGCUCCCAGAUCAACACGGGCGCCAAUGGCCUACAGCGCCUCGACUACGUGGUGGAGGCAGCGGCCCAGCGUGGCGUGUACCUGAUUGUCAACUUUGUCAACAACUGGGGCGACUACGGCGGCAUUCCGGCGUACACGUCGGUUUUUGGCGGCACCGCCCAGGAGUGGUACGACAACGCGGCGGCCCAGGCGCAGUACCGCGCGUACAUCAAGGCCGUGGUGACGCGGUACACCAACGCGUCGUCCAUCUUUGCCUGGGAGCUGGCCAACGAGCCGCGCUGCAACGGCUGCUCGACGGACGCAAUCUACAACUGGGCGACGUCGACCUCGCAAUACAUUAAGAGUCUGGACCCGCACCGCAUGGUGACGCUGGGCGACGAGGGCAUGGGCCUGACCCCGGCCGACGGCGCCUCGUCGUACCCGUACACGACCGCCGAGGGCGUGGACUUUGUCAAGAACCUGGGCAUCGCGACGCUCGACUUUGGCACCUUCCACAUGUACCCGUCGUCAUGGGGCGUGGACAACAGCUUCGGUCCCGGCUGGAUCGCCGACCAUGCGGCAGCAUGCAAGGCGGCCGGCAAGCCGUGCCUGCUGGAGGAGUACGGCACGACGACGGACCACUGCGCCAUCGAGACGCCGUGGCAGAGGGCCGCUGUCGGCGCGGCCAACGACGGCCUGGCAGCCGAUUUGUUCUGGCAGUGGGGCGACCUCCUGAGCACGGGCCGGUCGCCCGACGAUGGCAACACGAUCUACUACGGCAGCUCGGAUGCGACGUGCCUGAUCACGGACCACGUGAGAGCCAUUGACUCGUAA